AUGAUCAAAUCCAAGGCAAACAAGCCCGGCUUGGAAGAGAUUUCGCGCCAACGGCUGUUGAUUGCGGUGGCCAACCUCGGCCCGGUGGCCUAUCCGCUGGCGGUAGCACUGUUUGCCCUCGGUAGCGUGUUCGGCGUGCCGGCUACCCUGCUGCUGCUAGCGGCGGUGGCGGGCUUCGGCUGGUGGCCUGGCGCUGUUGUGUCGGUGCUGGGCGGUACCUUGGGGGCCUAUUGCUCCUUCCUACUCGCCCGCCACCUGGCACGUGAUUGGGUCGCAGCCCGGCUUGGAUCUCAUCCCGCUCUGCUGCGACUCGAUCAGCAAAUCGGUGAGCGCGGCGGCUGGAUCGUACUCUGGCUGCGAAUCUUGCCAUCGCUACCUUUCACCCUGUUCAAUCUACUCUGCGGCCUGACUCGAAUCGGCUCUGGCAAGUUCGCUGCUGCCACCCUGGUGGGCAUCGUGCCCGGGACCCUGGCCUACGGCUGGGCGGCAGACCAGCUAUUGCGGCUUGGCAAUGCAGCCGGCGCCAAACCCCAUCCUCUGCCGACCCUCUUGGCGAUGCUUUUGCUAGCGCUGCUCACUACCGCCAGUUGGUGGGUCAAACGUCGCCGACGGGCUCAGGCUGAACGAGCCGCACGGGGUCAACCGGCCGCACGAGAUCGACCACUACCGUAA